ACGUGUUUUAUAUCAACAGAUUAAACAAUUAAAGGAGCGAUAUUGCAGUUAAAACAGGCUCUAACAGUGCAUCUUCAGUAUAUUUGGAACAGUAAAUUCUCUCAGCUUUGAAAGAUGACCUCUGUCGGAAGAUUAGAUUACAGCUAGCACUAGUGUUGGAAAGAUAAAUGCUUAACUGUUGAACAAAACAAAACGUUAUUGCUGCCUGAUUGUUAAUCCAGGGAUUGGCAUGAAGAGUAUUUCACAUGAGGAAUGACAGGGAGAUCACUGUGCAGCUUCAGCAUCAGGAGAGCAGAGUCCUGUGUGUCCCCAACAGCUCCUACACAACACAAUGACAUGGCUCAGAUGGUAGAGUGGGUCAUCCUCUUACGAAGAGGUUGAUGGUUCAGUCUCAUGGCUCCUCAAGUCUGCAUUCCUAAAUGUCCUCAGGUAAAAUCCUAUGUGAUCCUCAGUCCAAAGACAUUCAGCUUAGGGUUGGGUUGACAGGGUUAGACUCUAAAUUGUCCAUAGAUGUGGGUGUGACCGGUUGUUAGUCUCUGUAUGUCGGCCCUGCAAUAUGCUGGUGACCUGUCCAGGGUGUUAUACUGCCUCUUGCCCGAUGUCAGCUGGCACUAGCUCCAGCUCCUGCUCCCCCCCCCCGUGAGCCUCACAGGAUAAGAUGUAUAGAUGAUGGAUGGACAAAUCAAGGAACUUUAUAAUCUGUGUCUAGUGAUAUUAAGUGGUCUUUUAAUUUUUUUUCUAAUAAUGCCUGAUGUGCUGCAGUGGCUUGUCUCCAAUAAGGGUAACAUAUAUAUUUUCAAUUUAAGUAUGCAAAUUGUCAGUCCAGGGCCCUUUUGGUAGACACGUCCUAUUUCAAUAUAAGCAGGUGAAACUCAAGGAAUUCCGCCUUUGAUUAAAACAGGACAGAGAUGCAGGUAUGGCCUGUCUGGAAUUAUUGGGUCGAGAGAAAUGAGAAUUAAGAGAUUGCCCGAACAAUGAAAAUUAAUGAUGACAGCAUCAUCUCAUCAACAGACUUGGGGGCACAUUUGGUUUCCUGUGUGGCACGAGAGAUCGGGCAGUACAAGAUGUGCUUGUCGUGUGCAUCUAAUUAUGUGAGAUGCAUUUCUAAUAACUUUAGCGCCGUGAUAUUUUCUAAAUGCCUGUUUGUGUUAGACUCUUGGUCACAGGUCAGUGUUUAGGUUUGGCCGAGCCUUUCCCAGCCUUCCGGUGGAUCCAAGGUAAGUCUGGGCUUUCACAGCUCUAACCAGCUUUGCUUGGAUCAGGGGCUGUUGCACAACCUGGCCCAUGGCAGGCGGACCCAGUUUGGGACGUGGGGGGAGUGAAAAAAUCAACGCUCUUUUAAGAAUGUGUAAGUGAUGCAUGCGAGGAACAAGCAGGACAGGUCCGUGCAGACUCUUUGUCUUUCUGCUUUACCGAUAAAAUCUAAUCAGGUGGGAUGAGGCAGCCCCCCAAUUACAAACACACACACACACACACACACACACACAUUCCCUCAUUAGGCGACACAGACUCUGGUGAUGCAGCGCCUGUCGCUUCUUGCUUCAGCGGCUCAAUACAUCAACAUGUUUGGCUCUGUUAACCCUGGGAAAUUAGCUUAAUCCUUCAGCUCACCAUCUUUAAUUACAUGCGUGAUUAAUCACAGAAAAACUGGACCGUUUAGGGACGACACUGAUCGUAAUUUGUUUGGUGACUGGAACAGGGAUGGGGGACGAAGCAUCUCUUUGCUAUGUGUGGUAUUGCAACAGUUUCCGGGGCCUGCAUGAAAAAUGAGAUCAUAAGUAUGCAGUGACCAGUCGUAGACAUAUGAGCCGCCUGUGAAGCUGGAGAAGAGGGCACACACCACUGACUGACCAGCUGUUUGUGGCUCCCCUGCUUAUGUAACUGAAGCUUUCUGCUGACAGGGACAUUUAUCGAUCAAUGAACGGGCGAUUUGAUGCCAGUGUGGUCAUUAGGUCUCCUUAUCACAGAGUCCAGGACCUCUAUCUGCUCUCGGCUGCAGGGCAAUCCAGUUCAAAGCGUUGUCCUUUGCCCUCUUUAUCUAUACCUCAAGUCAGAGGGCAUAUGUUUGACAAUUCAACUAAUUCCGUCAUCUGCCCCAUGCCACACUCGUGGAUGUAAACUGCCACUUUACUCAGGCUUUCUCAUAAAAGCUAUAAAUACUGUUUUGUUUAUGGCCAAGAAUGGACCACGUGCUGUUCUGCAGCGUCACCUCUUGGUUCCUCUCUGUGCCAGCCCGGCAGGCUAUUCUAGUUCUGUGAUUCGUUUGAUCGCCGCGUGUGCCCGACAAGAGGAUUUAACAACGAUUAGACUUGUUGUACACGUCAUUAAUUAAUCAAAUUGACCACUUCCUCUAGGCCGCUCAAUGCUGCCAAGCAGUUGUCAACAGAAUGCAAAGUUGUUCAUUUGAAAGUCAAAUUACCCCGAAAGGUUUAAAUCAAUUUCCAAAUGUGUAGCGUAUCCCAGCACUCAGAGGAAUGUGCCCUUGGCUGAGUGUGUGUGUGUGUGUGGUAAAGAGAUGUCGGACUGGUUUUUCUUGUCCUCUUGGGCUCCUCCUCUCUAUUGGCUGGCACAGAUACAGACAGAGAGUCUGGGAGUUGAUAGUUGAUUUAGUCUCACAUCAUUUCCCAGAUUCCAAGUAUAGGAUUUUACUUCACACAUGAACAUUCUGAUCACAAACAUUUGUUACACACAUCUGUUAUUGUUACACAGGUUUUCUUUUAAAGAAACACUCUAACCGUAGUUGUGAAAGUCUGACCUACUGAUAAGCAGUCAUUUGGUGUGUUUGUUUUUGUGUUUCUGUUUGUGCUGCUCAUACUUCCCUGUUAAUUUGUUUGUUGUGCAUCGAUCUCAUUGACUGUUUUAUAUCCAUCAGUAAUAAAUUCCCUAUAGUGGUAAAGCAAGAGCCACGUGUGAUUUUAAUUACAAUUGUAUAGUUUCAUAUCUUUACCUGUAUGUCUGUAACUGUAUUGUCCUUUAAAGUGUCCAUGGUGAUACACUUUAAUAUGAAAAUACUUAUAUACAUGUCAAAGUCAUGCAUUCAUCAUGUCACUUUAGUGAAAGUAUUUAAAUGUUACCUUUAAGUAUAAAGUGUGAAAGUAGAAAAAUGUAUCCAGCGAUAAAAGAUUACAUUUAAUUUUAUCCGAUACAUAUAGUGUAUACUGUACUAAUACUAAACUAUAUAAUUACUCUAUAUAAGUACCUGUUAUUUUUGGGGGAUUGUCUGUUAAAUUAGUUCACAGGAUUACACAAAACCUACUGGACGGAUAACCAGGAGACAUGGUGGAAGGAUGUAUGAUGGGUCAGGGAAGAGUCCAGAUUUUUUUUUUAUCACUUUCUUUAACGAUACCACACAGAACAUUUUCAAGAUUUUGCUUGAUUUGUCAUUUUUCUUGGGGGAAACAUUUGAUUUAUUAAGGAAGGUCGGCAAUUAGGUGUAGGUUGAAAAUAGAAAUCAUGAUCUAGUGAAUUUAAAUAUGGUUUCAUGACGGGAGGAUUGGUCAUUGGGGGAAGUACACACUCUUAUAAGUGCCAUUCUAAUUAUACUAUUGGGCAGUUGAAUCUAGAAUACAUCAUAUAUUAUAAACUGAACAGUUUGUCCUGCCAAAAUAUUAAAAUAUUGUUGAGUCAGAGUACGGACAUUUCCCCUUUUAAAUUGCAGUGUAAGUAUGAAGUAGAAGGACAUACUUGAGUACAAGAACCUGAAAUGAGCCUGUUAGGACUUCAGUAGCUGUAGCUGACAAUCUGCCACCUCUCUGUUUACACAUGAGAAUCAAUAUAAGUUUGAUUGUGAUUCUGAGGUUCUCACAGUGAGUCUCAUAGCUAAACAAAUCCAAAAUACAAGUCAGUGAGUGAGGAUCUAUUUUGGCUUCCUGUGAAGUUUGAUUGGCGGCUGCCCGUCGAGCCGCUCUGAGGAUGAUGUCACCCCCCCCCAGCUGGGAGGAGGAGAAGGGGGAGGAGCUCUCCUCUCUCGCUCCUAGUAAUGGGAGUUUCAGGUGGAUUCCACUUUCACAACAAGCCGGUCGGUCUGCCAGUCAUCCGGCGAAACUUCCUGCCAACACACCGGGACUGAGCCGUGUAGCGUGUCAGUGUGCGUGCACAUGAAAACACACAAGUCCAGUUCACGGUGGACAAAAUGCACUGGGAACAAUUUAUCCGUUUGACCAAUGGGAAGAUCGACCGGCUGGAGGUGAGUGGGCUGGGCCAAACGCCACUUGCUGUGUCUUACGGGGCAGACGGUUCCUACCCAGUGGGCGAGGAUAGCACCCCAGACCCGCAGCGCACCAAGCAGGCCAUCGCCCAGCUGCAGCAGAAAAUCCUCAAGCUUACAGAGCAGAUUAAGAUCGAGCAGACGGCGCGGGAUGACAACGUUGCUGAGUACCUCAAACUGGCCAACAACGCCGACAAACAGCAAAGCACACGCAUAAAACAGGUUUUUGAGAAAAAGAACCAAAAGUCGGCGCAGACCAUCCAGCAGCUGCAGAGGAAACUGGAGCACUACCACCGGAAGCUGCGGGAGGUGGAGCACAAUGGUAUCCCCCGGCAGCCCAAGGAUGUUCUGCGAGACAUGCAGCAAGGACUGAAGGGUGUCGGAGCAAGAGUCACAGGCUUUAGUGAAGGGGUGGUUGACAGCGUCAAGGGCGGCCUGUCCAGCAUCUCCCACGCCACUCACUCUGCUGCAGGGGCCGUCGUUUCCAAACCUCGAGAGAUCGCCUCGCUGAUUCGCCACAAAUUCGGAAGCACUGAAGACAUCCCCUCCCUCAAAGACUCUCUGGACGACCCCACGCUGGAUGAAGGCGUGACAGGGGCAGGCGGACGUUCCCUGGGCAGCUCCGGGCAUCACCUCCAGUCAAGUCCCAAGUACGGCAGCGAGGAAGACUGCUCCAGUGCAACGUCGGGCUCAGCUGGAGCCAACAGCACGACGGGGGCACCCGGGGGCCCGCCCAGUUCCAAGGGUAACACACUGGAGAGGAGUCAGAGCUCGAGCCUAGACAUGCUGCUGCAGGAGGUGCAGGAUCUGAGGGAGGGCCAGGUCCGGCUAGAGGAGGGCCUUGACAGCUUGAAGAGCCACUAUCAGAGAGACUACACAGUUGUAAUGCAAGCACUACAGGAGGAACGCUUCAGGUGUGAACGUCUGGAGGAGCAGCUGAACGACCUGACAGAACUUCACCAGAAUGAGAUCCUGAACCUCAAACAGGAGCUGGCCAGCAUGGAGGAGAAGAUCGCCUACCAGUCGUAUGAGAGAGCCAGAGACAUCCAGGAGGCGUUGGAGGCCUGUCAGACCAGGAUCUCGAAGAUGGAGCUUCAGCAGCAGCAGCAGCAGGUCGUCCAGUUGGAGGGGCUGGAAAAUGCCACGGCCAGGACCCUCCUGGGAAAGCUUAUCAAUGUGCUGCUGGCCCUUAUGGCCGUCCUUCUGGUCUUUGUCUCAACUGUGGCCAACUGUGUGGUCCCCCUGAUGAAGACACGCUCGCGGUCCCUCUCCACCCUCCUCCUCAUCCUCCUGCUGGCCUUCUUGUGGAGGAACUGGGACGCUCUCUCCGGGUACACGCACCGCGCUCUGCAGCCACCGGGAUGACCAGACCAACACCAGCACAUGUUGCUUUGGAGAUGUAACUGUAACCACAGUCAUGCAGGAUGUUUGCAGAACGUGACUGCCGUCGGGGUAGCUGUGGCCGGGCACUGGAAAUUCGGCUGAGCACUUUCAGACACGCCCUGGAAAUCAAGACAAAGUGGAGGAAACAGAGAACUGUUGGGAACACUUGUGAUUUUACCUUAGGAAGGAAAAGACUGUUUACAUUUUGAGAUGAACUGCUGUGUUGUAUCUCUCAGAGAAUACAGCAACGUACUGUUUUUAUCUUUAGCGUUUUAAUCAAUUAUAAUGUUAUUAUUUCUAAUAAUAUUAUUUUUUAUUUUCUAUGUUAUUUUAUUCAGUACCAUGUAGCAUUACACUCCUGUCACUCUACAUGAAGGGGAGUUUAGUCAGGAAACACGGGGCUGGCGAUUUGCUCCAAAAGACCCUUUUCAAUUGUAGACAUGCAAAUGUGAUGAUGUGGUUGAGAUGAGGAAGAGAACGCUCUCCUCGCUGUGACCGGUCGAUUUGAACCAUGGCUGAAAACCUUCCAGGGAGCUGCUCCUUUCUUGCUGUGAUGAAAUUGACUGAACCAGGCGUUUGGGUGUCAUGAUGACUAAAGACUGUUUUGAGCUUCCUCACAUUUCUAAUGACAAAGAUGACAUGCUUUUAAUCGUUUCCUUUUCUCAAGUAUAACAGGAAAAACUGUGUUGAAUGGGGGAUAUGAUAAUGACUCAUAAAGACAAAAUGGAGUGAAGAGCUACGAUGGGCUGCUCACACUAGAGACAGCACAAACACAGAGAGAACAUCUGGUUAUUGUCAAGCAUCUGCCAUAAUUGCAACAUGUGUACAAUGCGGCAUGUUUUCAUUAUGAAAAACUACGAAGGAACCAUUUUUGCUUUUAAAAGCAAUGGGGGAAAAAAGGUCAUUGUCUCAGUAAAAUUCAUUUGCCGGAGUAAUUUCCUCACCCUCCGGCCAUAUUUAAUGUGAUCAGGUUAGGGAAGAGAGACUACUGGUGCUUUUCCAGCUCCAUCUCAGCUGGAUCAGGAAUGCUGCUGCUGCUGCUUCAUAUCCACAGUGCAAGUCAUCUCCACUGCCACGCCAGUCCAAUGCACACUGCCUGUUUGUGAUACUGUGCUUUUUAACACUCUCCCUGCAUUUUAUCUCUGUAGCCAUCCUUCUUUUUCUACGUGCACACCUUGUUAUGGUGUAACCACCCAGUGCCAAACCCUAGUUACCCCAGGGAUGCCUGCGCACCCGGAGGUCGGAAAAAGCUGAGGUGGCUCAGCAGGUUUAGCUUUUAGUCAGAUCUGCCACGAAUGUCUCGCCUGGAUAUCCAGAAUGUAUUGUUUUCAGGAUUCACAAUCUGAAGAUGAACUUGACUCCAGAUCCUCGGUCGUGUGUUUGCACCUUUGCUCCCCUUGAGUACAGUCUCCUCGGCUCAGCGUCCACUCCCUCUCUUCCUCGACGACUCAAGGACACGACGAGAUGACCCGGCACAUUUAAUAUUCCCACCUGCAUUUCAUUGCUUUCCUAACAGAUUAGCGUGAUCAUUUGAACUGUACAGCUGCACUUUAGCACACUGCUAGAUAACACAUAGGUCAGACUGAGGCCAGAGAAACCUUUGAUUGAGGCGUCAUCAGUGGGAUAAGAAAAGUUGACUCGGGUCAGGAUCACUGUCGUCCUUGUCUAAAGCUUGAACCCAUUCAGAGGAACAUCUCAAAAUGUCGUUCAAACCUAAUUCCUCUCAUGCAAUUAAAACGGCAGGAUGUGGAUUUGUUCUCUGUCUUGAUUUCUGCCGUCGUGGGGAGCAGUAGACAAAGUUGAGAGUGACUUGACCUUGGCUUGACCUUGAAGUAUCUUUUAUGAUGUAGGGUUGUGUGCUAAACCACUCUAGUGCCUUCUGAUGUCCUUUUCUAAGUGUGGAAUAAAUAAAAGUGCAUUCCUGACUAA